AUGGCAGCCUCCAUGUGCAACGUGAGUGUUCUUCGUCGACAGUUGUUUUCAUCGGUACAAAAGAAAUCAUGUUGUCAUUAUCAUCUUGUAGGAAGACUUUGUUCAAGUAUAGCAGAAAGAGACGACAUUGAUCAUAAAGACAAAGAAGCAACAUUCCAGUCCCGUGUGGCAGACGAAGACGACUAUUUUGGUGUGUCGAUUCCAGAAGACAGGUGGUCUGUACCUCGAUCAUCAUCUCUCUCUGAAAAGGAAUUAUUCGAAAAAUAUCAGGCAGGUAGAUUAAGCGAAAAUGAAACAUACAACAUGCAAUUUGUAAACUUGCGGUUUGGAAGGAUGCGUUUCGAUAACGUGACAGAUUUAAAACAUCAAAAAGAUGCGAGGAUGAAAUUUCAUGACUUAAAUCAAGUUGGUGUGAAAAAAGAUAUUUUGAAUACUAUGGCACGUAUUAACGACGGAAGAGAAACAUCGUAUUCGGAAGAAAGUUAUUAUGCUUCUCUUUUAGAUCAGUUCAAAAGUGAUUCGAAAUAUCGUGAGCCUUCUGUGGCGCAAGAUUUAGUUUCAAAGAGAUCUAGAUCAAGGACACGUAAAGCAGGGAAUGGAAAAGUUGAUUCCCUUCAGGUGAGUAAAUCAGGAGCGAUGGACAAUGUUGAAACUGAUCAGGAUGUGGAAGGAAAGACAUCACCAUAUCAUACUGCUACACCUACUACGGUUGAAUAUGGUGAUGAAAAAUUGACAGUUUCAAAUGAAGCUAACGAUGAAAGUUCUGAUAGAAAUAAUGGUGAUUUGAACUUUAUAGAUCAACAGUAUUUUCAAGGAGAUCUUGUUUCAAAUGAGGAAAUUAGCACCAAAGUUAAAGAUAGUGAUAGCUGUGAUUUGAACUUCAUAGAUCAACAGUAUUUUCAACAAGAUACAGUAUUAACAAAAGCUGAAAAAUCAGCCGGGUUAUUAAACUUUGAAUCGUCACAAGGAAAUCAUCCUAAUGAAGUUAUACCAGAACUAGAACCAGAUUUCUUGUUUUCUCAUGCAAAGAAAGAAAUAUCUUCGGAAAAGAACAGAACAUUUUCCGAUCAAGAAAUUAUAUCUUCUAGUGUAGAAACAGUUUCUCAUACUUAUCCGAAAGAUCAUACAGAAAAGCUGCAUCCAACUUCAAAGUCAAAAACGAUGAAAACCAAAGAAAACCCCAGAGCAAAGCCUGAGAAGAUAAAAACUGAAAAUUUUGACAGUGAAGUAUUAUCUUCCUACCAAGAGACUGCAAUUUCAAACCCCGAUCAGGUAUCUGAGAGUGCAACUCCAAAGAUUCAAAACUUGGAAACUGAAGGAGGCAGUACAAAAACAAGAUCUAGCGAUAUUAAUUUUAUUGAUCAACAGUUCUUUGGCGAGCACUUAUCUGAUGAUGAUUUGAAAACAUCCAUAAAUAGCGAAUUUUGGAAUGAUCAAGAAUCAGAUUUGAACUUUAUAGAUGAAAAAUAUUUCAAGGAAGCUGAAUCUACUCCUGAAAGGAAACCAAUUGAUUUGCUGACUCCAGACCAUGAAGGGCCUGAAAAUAAAGCGUCUGUAAGAGAUGUAAAACAUUCUGGUAAAGGAAAAAAAUCUAAAAAAAGGGAAAAAGAACUUAAUAGAACUGACAUGGAUAAGCGCAGUGAUCGUCUUUUUCAAUUUCAAGUUAUGGAUGACCUUGAAAGAGAUAGCUUAAUAAAAAGAAAACGUGCACUGUCCACAGGGAAGGAGAAUGAGACUGAAAAUUUGUCGAGCUCAGCUUAUGGCACAGUGCAGAAGCUACGAGGCAGUCAAGGAAUUAAUCUAGAAGGAGGGGCCCCUCUUCGUGACAGCAAAGGAAUGAAGGUUAUGAAAACUGUAGUUCCUCAACUCCAUAAAAUGACAACUGUUGAGAUUGUAAAUAUGAUCACCAGACACAUCUUGUAUGACAGUGAUGACAUUGUGGCCAUAUAUAAACCCUAUGGACUGCCUUCCCAUGGAGGCCCAGGUGUAGCCAUAAGUGUUGCACAACUUCAAGAGGAAAUUGGUCAAAAACUACCCAACAAAGCGGACAGUCUAUACAUGGUACACAGACUGGACAAGGACACCACUGGGGUAAUGCUUCUUGCCAGAACUCAGGAAAUGGCAGCAAAAUUAUCUCAAGCCUUCCGGGAACAGAAAGUGGUAAAAAAGUACUGGGCCAUCACUAAAGGGAUUCCUAAUCCAACAGAGGGUAUCAUUGAUAUCCCGAUGAUGGAAGGAACUGUUGACGGCAAGAGCAGGAUGGCCCUUAAGCUGAAUUUUUUGCCUGAUGGGAGGAUUGCCACGAAGUCAUCUGUAAAAACGUUUAAGGCCGAGACAUAUUACAAGGUUAAAGCUAGUCAUGAGAACACAGCCAUUGUCGAGUGUCUCCCACUUACAGGGGUACGACAUCAGCUCCGUGCUCACCUGUCAUUUGGAUUAAAUACGCCCAUCUUAGGAGAUCACAAGUACUCAAACCUCCUCAAGUUUGCUCCACAGAAACUGGACAAUAGGACACUUAAGAGACUUGGAGUACAACAAAGUAAAGUUCGCUACAUACCCUUGCAUCUACAUGCCAUGUCCAUCCUCAUACCUGAAUUUCUUAAUGGACGUAAUCUCUUUGUAACGAGCAACUUGCCUAAACAUUUCUGCAAGAGCAUGAGAUACCUCAAACUAAGUAUGAGAGGAAAAUGAAGACGAGAUGUAUUCUGUCUUUUCGCAAUACAGAGUUGUCUGCCCUUUAUAGCAGGUAUUGAUGAUUAUAUCAUUACUUUGCAGGCGAAAAUUAUUUCAUUUUCUUACGAAUUUGUAUAACAUUUCUCUCACAAGCAAAUGACACAUUAAUUAAUACCUGCUCAUAAAAAAUAACCCCGCCCCACGAAAAGGCAGAAUACAUCUUCUGCUAUCAAGGAUGAUUAAUGUUCUGCUUAGAAAUGAAAUUGUAUACAUUUAUGAUUUAAUAUCUUGAGGACAUAUAGACCAGUCAAAUCUCUAAGGAAAACAAAGAUUUUGAGGUAAAAUUGAAAUUUAAAUACAGGUCCUGUUUUGCUAAUAGAGAUCUGAGUACAAUUCAACCUUUAUACAGCCUGGUCUUUCAAGAUUUUUUUUUUUUUUUUUUUGUAAGAUUAGCUGUUGGUUCAAUGUUUUUGUGUAUACAUUCAACAGCUGAUUAUUAUUGACAA